CCCAGCUGCUCCCCCAGCUCCUCCUGCCAGCCAGCAGGGAAACAGAGACCCACAGUCCUCUGCCUGGGGAUGAAAUAUUCAGUUUGAUGGCUCAGGCAGGUGGCGCUUCCUUUCUGGUCUCCAGCCCUCCUAUAAAGAGGAGACUGAGCAUUGACAGAGGCCCCACAAGGCUGCAGAUCGGGAGGAAUAGACCAGCACCAAGGUGGUCCUGAGUAUAUUGACUGCAUAUAUCCUUGGUGAGGAUGCAAGCCUGCAUGCUGUGGUGGCUGGCCAUUGUCAUCCUGCUGGUGAUUCCUGCAGGAGCCAAACCGAUGCCAGAGGAAUCAGACCCCUACACUCAGCCACCAGCCAUGCCCUACUGGCCUUUCUCCACCUCUGACUUCUGGAACUACGUGCAAUAUUUCCAGACCCAGGGUGCAUACCCACAGAUCGAGGACAUGGCCAGGACCUUCUUUGCACACUUCCCUCUGGGGAGCACCCUGGGCUUCCAUGUCCCCUACCAGGAAGACUGAGCAGUGUCCCGUCAGCUGCCUGCCUGGCUGCACUGGCUGGAGCCUAAGGUGGUCCAGAGACCCAGUGAUGGACAAGGGAUGGGAAUCGUGCUCAAUAAACUCCCUAUG